AACCUUUUUCUGCCCUUUUCCAUAAAUUUUCCCAAACUUACAAUCCUCACUCUUCCAUCUUCUUGCGGAACGAUGAUUUUCCGGCGAGCACUUGCCAACGUUCUAGGGGGACUCCGGCAAUCGUCGUAUGUUCCGUUAUUCUGGGGAAGAAGUAGAAAAGGAUCCAUCUUCCCCUCCUAUCCAGUUCUCCAGUCUAUUAAUCAACACGGCUUUGGAGGUGAUAGUAGGCACCAAUUCAAAUGGAUAUUUCUAUUUGGACAAGCUGCAAUCCUUCUCGGAGGACAGACUUGUUUUGCAAUGGCUGAAGAUGUAUCAACUCUAAGUUCUAAAGAUGCAAAUGAGGCGACAAUAGCUGAAUUUAAAAAAAUUGAGGACGGUUCUAUCACGUCCAAUAUUCACACUCAAAAGUGGAGAGUCUUUACAGACUCUGGGAGGGAUUCAUUUCUACAAGGAAAGUUGGAGCACGCCGAGAAACUUUUUCUGUCUGCCAUCAAAGAAGCCAAAGAGGGUUUUGGGGACAGAGAUGCACAUGUAGCAUCUGCCUGUAACAAUUUGGCAGAGCUAUAUAGAGUAAAAAAGGAAUUUGGAAAAGCAGAACCACUGUAUUUGGAGGCAAUCAGUAUCCUUGAGGAGUCAUUUGGACACGAGGAUAUACGGGUUGGGGCAGCCCUUCACAAUUUAGGUCAAUUCUACCUCGUGCAACGAAAUUUGGAGCCAGCUCGUGUUUGCUAUGAGAUUAAAAUUUAAAAUGCAUCUCUCAAUUACUGAUGCCAUUUUUUUGUCCAAUGUCCUUUGACAGCGUGCUUUAAAGAUAAAGAGGCGGGUCUUGGGGGAAGCUCACCCUGACUAUGCUGAUACAAUGUAUCAUCUUGGAACUGUUCUACGAAUCCAAGGGAAAGAGAAAGAUUUUGAGGAUCUUGUUCUGGAAUCCAUUCGAAUUCUUGAGGAGGGUGACCAAGGUGAAUCCUACAUAUGCACCAAACGGAUGCGUCAUCUUGCCGAGAUAUAUUUGAAGUCCAACCGAAUUGCCGAGGCAGUAAACCUACAGAGAAAGAUCUUGCAUAUAAUGGAACUAUCAAAGGGAUGGGGAUCUCUAGACACCAUAGCUGCCGCAGAACACCUUGCUUUAUCCCUUCAGAAUCUGGGGAACUUAACAGAUGCUCAACAGCUUCUAGAAAGGUGUCUUGAUUCUCGGAAAACUCUACUCUCUGAGGAUCACAUUGAGAUUGCAUGCAAUUUGCUUCAUAUUGCUAGACUGAAAAUGCUCAGCUCCAACAAACUAAGGAAGACAAAUGUUCUUCAAGCAACCACUGAGCUUGAUAUGGCAAAGGAUCUUUUAAGCACGUCGAUUAGGGUAGCUCGGAAAUAUCUAUCUCAAACAAUCAAAGCAGGACAGAAGACGCCUUCUGGAGUGCCCAGGCAAACUGGAAGAGAUCGGCAGUUUGCGCUAAUGGUCCUGUUGCAAUCACUUAAUGCUCUUGCUCUGUUGGAGGUGGCAAAGGCGGAACUUGAGAAUUCGAAGGUGGAUUGUCUUGUCAACAAUGAAGCUGAGAGUGCUCUUCGUGAAUGCAUUUCUGCUUUCAGGGAGUAUGAGACAGAAAAAUCACUGCCUGCUCAAGUUCCUCAUCAAGUCAAAGCUGAGUACCUAUCAUGCUUGAAGUGUCUGUUAGGCCUAAUAAUGGGUGGUGGCAGUGGUGAUGGCAAAACCCAGCAGAUCACUGAUCAGACCAGAAGAGCAGAUCUACAACAGCUGAAAGACGAAAUUAAUCGCAUUGAAGGGGAACUCAUCAGCAGAAGGAAGACAGAUAAACAAGUUUAAUUUACUGAAAUUUAUUUUAUUUUUAUUUUAAAAAACAUUUUGAAUAAAUAUAUACUCUAUAAAGCAUUUUUUUAAUGACCAAUGCCUUCUUUACCUAAUGGAUAUUAUGUUAAUAUCAUUUUUCCCUCUAUAAGUUUCAAUAAUUCAAUUAUUCAAAGAACACUGAAUAUUUUUCUUUUUCUUCAUGAUUACAAGGACAAUGAACAUUGUGGGCAUUG